CUUUAGAAGCAGCUCCUGCUAAACUCCGGCCUGAACCUUCCUGAAGAGAAGCUCCAUUUUGUCAUUGAAAAUGAAAACUGAAGCUCAGAGCAAUAAAGUGAAUCUAAAGCUAUUCAAGGACUUGUCAGCUGCAAAGAAAAAUCCUUCUGACUGCCAGAGCAGUACAGGACCCAUGGCAUAUUACCUUACAAGGCUGAAGACCAGACAAACUUACUCAUGGGUUGGCAAGCCAUUAUUGGAUCAAAAGCUGCACUACCAAACCUACAAGGAAAUAUGUGUGAAAAUAGAUGGUUGUUCUGACAUUCAUAUCCAAGUUGGACAGUUUGUAUUGAUUGAAGGGGAUGAUGAAGAAAAUCCAUAUGUUGCUAAAUUGAUUGAGUUGUUUGAAGAUGAUGGUGAACCUCGUUCUAAGAAACGUGCUCGAGUACAGUGGUUUGUCCGAUUCUGCGAAAUUCCUGUCUGUAAGCGGCAUUUGUUGGGCCGAAAGCCUGCUGAACAGGAGCUCUUCUGGUACGAUUACCCUGCGUGCGACAGCAACGUUAGUGCUGAGACCAUCAUUGGCCCUGUGCAGGUAGUAGCUUUAGCCCCAGAUGAAGUAUUACCUAUGGAUCUGAAAAAUGAGAAGACAUUCUUUGUGAAACUAUCCUGGAAUGAAAAGUCAUUCAAACCACUGUCCCCUGAACUGUUUGCGGAGUUGGACAAACCAAAAGAAGGCAGCCCCAAGUGCCAGAAGCCCAUAGAAGCGAAGACUAAGGGUGUAGAAAGCCCUUCUUCAGCCACAACAGAACAGGUGGUCAAGAGGAUUGAAUUAAGACACUCGGCCUCUAAAUCCCGCCAGACUCCACGUGCUGUCACGCCCACCGCUAGGAAGAGGCUGGAGCUUGGCAGUGUCCCUGGGAUGGCUAACACUAGGAAUUCCCAGCAGCCUUCCUGCGAUUCCUUGGGUUCUCCAGGAAGAACUAAAAAGAAAGUGGCCUCCUCUGAGGUCACCUUGCCUUCUAAGAGGUCUCACCCUGACAGAAUGGACACCGCGUCUCCAACUCUGAGAGGCCCACAGAAAACUGGAAAGGUUCAACUCAUUUGUACCCAGGGUGAGAAUAACAAGGCUUCAUAUGAACGCCACAGAAACCUGAGGACCCGAGUCCCACCUUUGAGAAGCACAGAGAUCAGUGACAAGAGAACACUUUGCCCUGUCGGCGGUGGCCAGAAAUCCUCCACGGUGCCUUCUGUGAUUCUGAAACCAGAAAACAUCAAAAAAAGGGAGGCAAAAGAACCAGAAGCCCUGAAUGAAGCUUCUUCCACUUCCCAUCGUGUCCGCAGAAGGAGUUCUCUCUUGACUUUGAAUCGGAUUAGGCAGCAGCUUCGGUUUCUAGAUAAUGGUAAAUGUGACCAAGAAGAGGAAGAGUUCCUGCCAACAGCAGAGAUUUCUGUGUCCAGCAGUGACAGUGAGCAGGAAGAGGUUGCCACACCACCCCUUACACGGAGAGCACCUAGAAGUGUGUCCAGGAACCUACGAUCUACCUUGAAGUUGUCCUUAGAGAUUCCCUCCAAAACACCACAGAAAACACCCAAGCCUAGAACGCCAUUCCGUGCUACCCCUCAGAUCCGCAGCCGCAAGCUGGCCGCCCCGGGGCCAUCCAACGUGCUGGAAGAAGCCCGGCUGAGGCUGCAUGUUUCCACUGUACCUGAGUCUCUGCCCUGUCGGGAGCAGGAAUUCCAAGACAUCUACAGCUUUGUGGAGAGCAAACUCCUCGACCAUACUGGAGGGUGCAUGUACAUCUCUGGGGUCCCUGGGACAGGAAAGACUGCCACUGUGCACGAGGUGAUACGCGGCCUGCAGCAGGCAGCUCUCACAAAUGAUGUUCCUCCGUUUCAAUACGUUGAGGUCAAUGGCAUGAAGCUGACAGAGCCCCACCAGGUGUACGUGCAAAUCUUGGAGAAGCUGACAGGCCAAAAGGCAACAGCCAACCAUGCGGCAGAGCUGCUGGCAAAGCGAUUCCGCACCCAAGGGUCCUCUCGGGAAACCACCGUCUUGCUUGUGGAUGAGCUUGACCUUCUGUGGACUCAAAAGCAGGACGUAAUGUACAAUCUAUUUGACUGGCCCACCCACAAGGAGGCCCGACUUGUGGUCCUGACCAUUGCCAACACAAUGGACCUCCCAGAGCGCAUCAUGAUGAACCGGGUGUCCAGCCGAAGUCCUAAAGCCCUGGAGAUUAAUUAUUUUUUAGAAAUAUUUAAGUGCCUAGAAGCAGCAUUCGGUACUUGCAGUAGAGCUUCUUCUGUCAUCUUGGCUCCCCAGGGUCUGACCCGAAUGUCCUUCCAGCCCUACACUCACAGCCAGCUGCAGCAGAUCCUCGCAUCUCGACUCAAGCAUUUGAAGGCCUUUGAGGAUGAUGCCAUCCAGCUGGUAGCCAGGAAGGUGGCAGCACUCUCUGGCGAUGCACGGCGCUGCCUGGACAUUUGCAGACGGGCCACAGAGAUCUGUGAGUUCUCCCAGCAGAAGCCCGGCUCCCCUGGCCUGGUCACUGUGGCCCACUUAAUGGAGGCUCUGGAUGAGAUGUUUUCUUCAUCGUACAUCACUGCCAUCAGAAAUUCCUCGGUCCUGGAACAGGGCUUCCUGAGAGCCAUCCUUGCAGAGUUCCGUCGCUCAGGACUGGAGGAGGCAACAUUUCAACAGAUAUACAGUCAGCACGUGGCCCUGUGCAGAAUGGAGGGACUGCCAUACCCCACCAUGUCGGAAACCAUGGCUGUGUGUUCUCGCCUUGGUUCCUGCCGCCUCCUCCUCGUGGAGUCCAGCAGAAAUGACCUGCUCCUCCGUGUGCGGCUCAAUGUGAGCCAGGAUGAUGUGCUGUAUGCCCUGAAAGAAGAGUGAGGGUGCUUUAGAGCAAGGACUGUGGUCUGCCGGUUCUUAAAGUACUUUGUUUCUGGGGCCAGCAUUGUGGUGGGCGGGUUAAGCUGCCACUGCAAUGCUAGCAUCCCGUAUUGGAGUGCCAAUUCAAAUCCAAGCUGCUCUGCUCUGCUUGGGUUCCUGCCACCCAUGUGGGAAACAACCUGGGUGGGGUUCCAGACUCCUGGCUUCAGCCUGGCCCAGAACUGGACAUUCUGGCUGUUUCGAGAGUAAACCAGUAGAUGGAAGAUCUCUUUAUCUAACUGCCUUUCACAUAAAUAAAAUUUAAAAAAAUUUUUAAAGAACUUUGUUUUCUUUUUCUAAGCAUCUGGAAUUGUAGCAAAUUAUACUGAAUGGAAAUAACUCAUAUAUUUUGGAAUUUUUCAUUAAAUAAUUUUUUCCAGAGUAUUUGGGAAGUUUACAGUCAUUACAAACAUCAGAUUAUAAAAAUCGAACUUUGCCAGGCUGGUGCUGUGGCACAGUGGGUUAAAGCCCCAGCCUGCAGCGUCGGCAUCCCACUGUUCCUCUUCCAAUCCUGCUCUCUGCUAUGGCCUACGAAAGAAGUAGAAGAUGGUCCAACUCCUUGAGCUCCUGCACCCACAUGGGUGACCCAGAAGAAGCUCCUGGCUUCAGAUCAGCUCUGGCCAUUGUGGUCAUCUGGGGAGUGAACCGGCGGAAUGGAAGACCUCUCUCUUUCUCUUUCUCUCUCUCUCUUUCUGGCUCUAUCUCUCUCUGUAACUGUGUCUUUUCAAAUUAAAAAAAAAAAAAUCAAACUUUGCUUGCUUAACAGACUUUUGUUACUAGCCCUGCCACUUAUUUAAUGGUAACAUAUCAUAUAUAGAAAUAUAUGUAACAAUAUGUAUAUAUUGUAAAAUAGUUUUGGAAGAAUGUGAAAGAAAUUGGUUACCUCUAGGAAAGAACUGGUUGGCUUGUGAUCAGGGGUUGGAGAACUUUUCACUGUAUGCCAUUAUGUGUCUUAAAUUUUAAACAAAGUGAAAUAUUUAUAGAAAAGUUGCUAGAAAUAAUAUCGAGCAAUUAUAAAAAUGUCUUAAAGGUGCCAUUUUUCAUAGUAAUCUAUAAACUUAUUUUUAUAUGUUUGAAAAGCAGAGAGACAGAGAUCAUUCAUCUGCUGUUUCAUUCCCCAAAUACCCACAACAGCCGGGACUGGGCCUGGCUGAAGCCAGGAGGCUGGAAUUUAAUCCAAGUCUUCUGAGGGUGGCAGUUACCCAAGUACUUGAGUAGUCACCACUGCUUCCCAGGGUGCGUGUUAGUAGGAAGCAGGAAUUGGAAGCCGAGUCAGGACUUGAACCCAUAUACUUGGAUAUGGAGUUGCAGGCAUCACAAAUGGUGUCUUAACCACUGUACCAAACACGCAUUCAUCACAAAUGUUUAAAUACAAAUGAUUUAUGUGGUACAGAAAACAAAAGAUAAGUAGGAAUAAAUCUAACAGAGAUUAGUUACAUGUCUAUAUGUGAUUCAGCAUCUGGCAGAGUUUCUUACAUGCGUUUGCAAGUUAAUUCUUUCCUCACUCACAACCACUGUAUCUUGUGGGUUUGCAAGUUAACUCUAACAUCUAUAUAAAAACCAACAGAAUACACUCAUCUAAACCCUCAUGUGAGGGACUGAGGAAAAUAUAACCUCAAAAAUAUUUGGCCUAAAUCUAUUGAUGUAAAAAUUAUCAGACAAAUCCAUGUUAUAGGUGAAAUGCUCUGAUAAGUAACUGCUCACUCAUUGAAGAUAGAAAUUUCAUUACAGCAAACCCCAAACGUGGAGGAGCUAUUCUAAUUCAAGAGACACUAGGGCUAAAUGCGCUGCUUCUUGAUUGAGGCUUGGAUUUAAAAAAAUACAAUUAUAAACAUAAUCAUGAACUAUGUAACGUGUUAGAGUUUGUGAAUGUGAUUAAGUGUGGUUAUGUAAGAAAAUGUUUUUACUGAAACAUGAAUCAAAGUCACUUU